CCCUCCCAAACCUCUCUCCAUACGGGUCGAAGUCUUGACUCUUGACCACCAAGUGUUCGUGAAAAUGCCUUGUCGAAAUCUCAUCGGUAGCAGUAGCACCGAGCAACGCAAGAAACUCCGCAGAUCUCCGAGAUUUCUCUACCAAAAAAACACCCCAGAAUCAAAGCAACCCACGAAUCUUCGAAGAUCCCCGAGACUCCACCAGAAGAGUGCAACUUCAGAACUCGAAGAUCCGAAAACCCCCAAGUCCAAAUCCAGAAACAACAGGGCACGUCCUUUGGACCCUUCUCUCAGCUCAGCGAAAGAGAACAAGGAUAACCCGGUAAAGGACUCACAGAGAACAAGAAAAUCUGAUCGUGGGGCGAGAAAUUGCUGGAAUUUAAGGUCUGGGUCGAGGAGAUCUCCAAGGUUGAACAAUGCGGUCGAGGCGUUUCGGGGUCUCAGACGUUCUCCGAGGUUUUCUAGUCAUAAAAAUGUCGUUGAUGAAAGGAUAGAUUAUGUGGAUAAAACUUUUGAGAAAAGGAGGAAAUCUGAUAUUGGGUUCAAUAGUUGUCGGAGUUCUGCGUCGCGCAAGUCUCCCAGAUUGGAUAGUGGUAUUGAUGUUGGAGGUCUUAGAAAAUCACAGAGGAUUUAUAAUCAGCAAAAUGUUAUUCAUGAACAUGUCGAGAAGAGUGGCAACGCGAACUACUUGGAUAAAGAGGAAACAGAUAAUGGAAAAGCUGGAAAGGGGGCGAUUCCUUGCGAACAGGUUUCAGGGAAACGUGAUGGGCGGACUUGGGUGACAAGGGGGAGUUCUAUUGGCCCUGAAGUUAUCGUGGAAGGUGACGAGAGGAAGGCUGAUAUUGUGAUUAACAGGAAGAGAAAGUCAGAUGACGAAUAUGAUGAUAUUACUGAAGGGUGGACAAAGGAGCAAGAAUUAGCAUUGCAGAGAGCAUAUUUUGCUGCCAAGCCGACCCCCCAUUUCUGGAAGAAGGUUUCCAGACUGGUGCCUGGAAAGUCUGCACAGGAGUGCUUUGAUAAAGUGCACUCUGACAAUUUAACCCCACUCCAACCUCGUCCUCGAUCAAGGACUAAGAAAGCACAAUCUUCACCCCUUCAACAUUUUUCGCUUUCUGCAAGUAGAUUACUUAAACCAAGGGCUAAAAGGUUGAAUUGCAAUAAACAGAAGACUCAUCUACUCUCACAAAAAACCGUAAGACACUUGUUACAAAAGCAUUAUCAUGUGGACCAGGAUUAUGAAGCUGAUCUAUUUUCAGUGCUUGAAUCCAAUAUGGAUACAUCUAAUCAAGCUGUUCAGCCGGGUGUUAUACUUUCCACCCCAAAACAAUUAGUGGAAAAACAUGAUCUUUUCCAGAAGUUCCGUGAGAGAUCUUCAUCUGUCCAUAAAAAGCCCAUUCCAAGAUUUAGUAGCUCAUCUUUGAAGACUCUUGUCAGUCCUCCAGUACUGAAGCAAGUAAAAAACAGGGUCUUACAUGAGAAGUACAUUGACCAAUUACAUUGUAGGGAAGCCAAAAGAAAAGCAGCAUCAGCACGGGCAGAAAAAUCCUCUGUAGUUAAAGAGGAUACAAAAGAUAUCCAUAAUCAGAAUAUUGAUGUGGUUAGAGCUGCAAAGAAUGCUUUGGUUUAUGAUGCUAGAAAUGUUAUCGAUCAGUAUCAACAUUCCCAAGCCAUUGACAUGAGCAACUCAGAUUUCAACGAUGGUGAUGAUGUUGACAGCAAUGAUGAUGAAGGUGAAGAUGAAAUUUAGCCACAUAAUUCAUUAAAAGCUUCAAGAUCAUCAAUUGAGAUGUAGAUUUCCUUACAUUGCUAAUUGAAGCUUUCAGGUGUAGCUGCUGACUUUGAAUCCUGUAUAAUAUUAUAACCCAUUUCGAAAAUCCUAUGUUGGGCAAAUUUUGUUGAACAUAAUGGUGAAAUAAAUAUGAUG